GACAAUAACAGCUCUCCUCUGUCAAGAUGCAGUAGACUUAGUUCGCCCUUGAGUGAGCUUGAAGCUCCUCCAAUAGCGUUCUCUUAUGACGGCCCCCCCGGGCAUCGGAUUCUACAUCUGCGGCCAACGCCCGAGCAGUGGAACGAUUUCCCAGCACUGCUGUCUUUUGCACAGAGCCUCCACGCUGAGCAGGAUGGUUGUUUCAAGAUUGUGCUGCCCGAGGAACUUCAGGAACCGCUUCCGGAAAAGAAGUCUCAACAAGCUCUCGCCAAUGCGUAUAGGAUUCGGCAAACGAAUCAUCGGACCUUUUGGCAGGUUGCCACAGUUCCAAGCGAUGGUACCUUUUCUUCUUCAGAGCCAGAUGCCGAGCUUUCGGCAACCCCGGACGAAUGUUUCAAGAGGUUGAAGAAGCUCUUCAACAAGAGCAUUGACAAGCAACUGCGACAUAUUCGCUAUAGGGUUGACGUCCCAGCGUGGACUGCGAAGCAGAGACUGGAAGCCGGUGUUCCGGAACGAAGCCCAAUCCACCCCCUGGCUGGCGACAAGCUCGAUCAUACAAAAGCCAUUAUCCCUGGAGUACAUACGCCCUAUGUGUACGAAUCAGCACAGCAUUUUGGAGCGACCUUUCAGCUUCAUGCUGAGGAUUUCCGCCUUUCGUCGUUGAACCAUUUGUACAAGGGCCGGAAGAUAUGGGUCGUGGUUCCGUCCACGGCAGUUGACCUGGCUGAGGAGGCCCUAAAUCGGAAGGGCAGGUGCUCGCAAUUCAUGCGCCACCGAGCCGAGUUCUUCUUCCCAGACAAGCUUCAGAAGAUGGGGAUUCCGUACCGGAUCGUUGAUCAGCGCCCUGGUGAAACCAUUGUCAUACUGCCAGAUGCGUACCACGAGGGUUUCAGUACUGGAUAUACGCUGGCCGAGGCCAAAAACUAUGCAGAUAGCGAAUGGACAUCCGACACGUAUCAGCCAUGUGAGUCGAGUUGCCAGUUGGCCACGGCCAUUCCAGAAGAGUAUAUGCGGGCUCUGGGGGAAGGAGAGGCAAGACUUGACCUGUGUGUUGGCUAU